UCUAUUUAUACCAGAAUACUACAUAAGCCCUUAUUACUAUUAUUAUUAUUGUUAUUAUUAUUAUUAUUAUUAUUAUUCUUUCUAUUAUUAAACUAAUAGGUAGGUCCCUAUCAGAGUUAAAGUGACUACAAGAUUGGUGUUUGGAAACCUUCACGUUGGGACAGAGACUGUAUUAGGUUCAUUCUUAAAGAACAAAAAAAUCACUUUCUUUUUGUGUGUAUUAACUAAGGUUUGAGAAAACCAUGUAGAACAAAACCAUACUCCUACACCCCAAUUUCUGAAUCUCAAUAGCUUUCUUGCACGGAUGUUAGGAAUACUAAUAAUAUGUGAUAAUCUUUCCAAAGAUUACUCUAAGUUUGGUAACCUUUAAAUAAUAAUACCUGCGUCCCUCUAAGUUUGGGACAAAGGGGCGUGGUGUGGUUUUUAAGAAAAAGUGGAAUUGUGUGAUUGGUAUUGAGUUGAUAAGGUGUGAAUAAAGUAAGAAUGAAUUCUAACCACUCAAAUAUUACCAAAUAUGAUAUGAGACAACUUAAUGGGACGGAGGAAAAAAGUAAAACAGGACAAAGUUAGGGGGACGGAGGGAGUAUUGUGCAACAAUGAUCACAUCAAAAGAUGGUAACCUUUAUAGAUGAGCAAUAUAGGGAGUCAUUAAAUAUGUAAAUUCUAGGGAGAUAUUCAUAUAUGGUACACAUUCAUCAGAUGAUGAUCACAUAUCUCACUUUCAAUUAUACAAUGAAUGUCACAAGAUGUGUCUCCCUAAUCCCUACAUUUUACAAAUUUAAUGUCCCCCGUGGCCCCGAAAAUUACUCAUUGUGCAAACAGGUCAGCAUGUCAGAUCAUAAAUUGGAAUUUGGAAAAGAUAACAAAUUAGUGCAGUUAAAAAAAGUAGAAUAUCUACAAAAUAGCAUUAAAUAAACAUAGGUAUUUAUUGUAGCCUUGAAUACAACUGGGCUCUAAAAAAUAAACAAAGUCCAAAUACAAAUAAUUAAUAAUAAUAGUAUUAUAGUAUUAUACAAAAAACAAAAUUUAUGAACACGUCUCACAAGGUCGUCAAAGGAAAAAGGACACUCAAGGCGCAAACAAGCGAGACAACACCAUUUUAAAAACUUCUAACUUAAGAUGUCAGAUGGUACUGAGAUCAUCAAUAUCUACAUCUGAAAGCAUGAACUUGAACCCCAAAGAAAUGACAGUCAUUAACAUUAUUGAGUUAAAGUGAAUGCCAAUCUACGACCAACAAUCUUAUGUGGUAGGUUACAAUGUUACAUUCUUAAGUAGAUUAAUACUACCUCCGUCCCCCUAUUAUUGUCCCAUUGCGGUUUACGAUGCUUGACUAACGAUAAAGCAAACAGAUCCCUGUCCGCACUAGAAUUAUUUUUAGAAAAAAAAUUGCAUAUUCAGAAACUACAUUAAAAGUUUUACAAAGUCGCAAAAACCAGAAUCAAAUUUGAUAAAAAUUUGAUAAAUAAAGUAAGAGAUUAAGAGUGAUUUGUGUUGACCAAGUGAAUAGGAAAUGAGACAAUAAUAGGGGGACGGAGGGAGUACAGCAUAAUUGAGGUUAACAAUUUCAAAAAAAAAUCCUAAGUAGAAAUGAAAUAUACACCCUCCAAUUAAACUUAGAAGUCUCAAUUGCACGGAUAUUAAAGAAACAGAUUGCAUGUGAACAACAUUCCAAUUUCACCAAUUAAAUUGGCGAAAUUCAUAAGAAUAAUGCAUACUUUCAGGGGUUCUACAAUAAUAAUCCAUAAUGAGAGUGUUCAUAAAAAUAAUCUGAACUAGCAAUGGUGUCCACAAGAAUAGAUUGGAGUGAAUUCAAACUAAUGCCCAUUUAAUAUUUCCAACCCCUACUCCCACAUUUUCCUUCACCGCUCUUCUUCUCCGGGUGAACUCAAACUAAAACCCAUUUAAAACCCAUUUACGUAUUAAAUGGGUAUUAGUUUAAAUUUACUCCAAUUUAUCAUUGUAGACACGAUUGCUAGUUCGGAUUAUUUUUAUUAACACUCUCGGUAAGGAUUAUUAUUGUAGAAUUCCUAAAAGUAGGGUUUAUUCCUAUGAAUUUCGCCUAUUAAAAUUGUGCAUUCAGGGGAGACAUUAUUAUGUGGCACACAUUCAUUAGGUAAUGGUCACAUGUCUAACUUUUCAUCAUUCAAUGUAUGUGCACCAUAGAAGAAUGUCUACCUAGAAUUUACAAACCUAAUGUCAGCCAGCAUUACUCAUUGUGCAAAUAGGUCAAUAUGUACCUCACCGCUUUUUCUUGCUACAAUUCUGGUGAUUUUUUUUUCAUAAAAGACAUUCUAAGUGACUUGUUUAUCCACAGCUGAGCGCAGUCACUUUUAUGAAUUUGAGCUUCAACUUGGUAAUUUAUUGACUUUCGUCUAGAUACAAUACAUUUAGCUACAGAGAGUCGGACAUUGUGUCAUCCAUAGAUAACAACCUGAAUAGCACAUGUUUAUACACUUCACAAUACAAAUAUAGAGUUUAAAUCAAGUGAUUGGCUGUCUGAGUUGCAUCAACAGUGUCUUGGGUACGCUAUGUGUGUACUGAAGAUUCCAUAGAAGCACACUGGACAAUAUAGAUAACUAAACUAUUGUCUUCAGGAACGAAACUUAGAAGAAUCUAAAUAUUACUGCAAGAUCUAUUUUAGCAUGUACAGAUGACAAUUGGGCUUGUGUUUAACAAAAUUGUUUGAAAAGCAUUAACAGAAAUUUAAUUUAAUAGCAUAAUGUUGAAAGAAUGCAGAGGAAAUCAUAAAAAAAAAAUGUUCAUUAAGUAAAAUCUGCAGAGCUAACAUUAAAACUAGGAAAUAUUCUGGAGGGUAAAAAACUGUAGUAAAUUGCAACUCAGCCACAAAGCACAAACAAAUUCAAUAAACCUCAAAAGAGAUUGGUUUGUGUAGCAGGACUAAAGCUUAUGGGCCUAAUUAUAUCAAUAUAUCCCCUUUAGAUGCAAAUUCUGAGUAGGGUGAAAUGCUUCUAAAUUAAGAGUAUGUAUAUUGCACUUCUCUCCCCAUAAUGCUACAAACAAAAUCACUCCAUUUAAUGCAUCUCAUCAAAUCAAGUAAAACUUCUCUGGCACUUGAUUUCCUCAAAUCAACUUUCUUCCAUUAAGUCAGCAGCAAUGAAUGUAACGAAGACAAUGUUACCACUAGCUACUUACUUUCUAGUGGUCUAUCCAGAAUCAUCACCCCAUCAACAUAAUCGCCUUAGAACAGUAGGAAUGGUAGGUAAUGCUAGUGCUAAUGGACUUUGAUUUAAAAAAACUAAGUGAGCAGUUCAUAAUAAUUUACGUAAUUACAACUCGAGAGACACUUCUCUUUGAUUUUGUUCUUUAACAGUGAGGCAAAGGUCAUGGGGCUUAUUGUUCACCACUCCUUUAGUGUGUUGUUUGUCUCAACAACCAAUCCUUGACUCAAUGGAUUAGGUUAGCAUUUAUAUAUGACUGAGGUUUAACUUUUCCACAACACAUCCUAACACAUGUUUGGAUCAAGGAAUUUGAGGGGAUUAAACAAAAAGCUCCCUUUAGUCGCACACUUGACUUACUAUAGUGUUCAGAAUAAGUUACAAGGUCAUACUCCUGCCUGUAGAUGAGCUUUCGCUAAAGUGAUUUGGACCUGCGCAUUAUUUAUCAAUCUAUGCACCUAAAGUGAUGGAGAAUUUGAUUGAUACAAGAAUUCAUGAAAGCAAUGAAUAAAGUUUGGCUUUACCAUUUCCCCUAUCUCCCAUAAAGUAAAGGCAUCUAAGUAAAUGGAAAAAGGGUAAACGUAAAGGUAAGUCUGUCAGUUCAAUCAUAUUUGCAUACCUAAAGUAACAACAACAACAACAACAUCCAAGCCUUAGUCCCAAAAAAUUUUGGGGUCGGCUAACAUGAAUCGAUCAUAUUCCAAUUCAUGUCAUGUGAUGUGACAAGGUGAUAUUGUUCGCCAUCACGCACUUACCACAACACCCUCCUUUAUCCUGGCUUGGGAUAGGCAUGAUACUAAAAAUGAUCUCAUGGCAAAGUUUGCAUACCUAAAGUAAAAAGUGGAAACAAUUUUGGGACAAUCAAGAUAGGAAAUUUUGCAAAUCAAAUUGGGGCGGAUGGAUUAAUAAAUAGAGAGAUGCUUUGACAGAAGUGAGGUAGGUCAUUUACUUUGUUUAACAACUUGUGAGCUUGUCCACUUGUUAAGUUGUAAUCAACCACAAAAGAUAUGUUACUUCUAUGAAUAUACAUCAUUCCUUAUGAUAAAAUAUUGUGAACAACAUAUGAUAGAUACCGCUACAUAACUUAUAUGGAGGAUGGAAAGUUAUGAAACCAGACCAACCAUUAAGGUAAGAUUUUAAAUAUGUAUAUAUACAUAGACACACAUAAAUAUAGCGGGUAUCAUCCUCCCCAUAUCCGUGUCAUUUUCAAAGAAUUUAAAAAAUUUCAUUUCCCGUAACUAGGUAUGUGUGUCGUAGUUUGCAAUGAAUUUAAACACUCUCUCUUGUGACUGUUCAUGUAGAAGCAUGAAAUUAAACUAGCUUUAACCCAGGUAGUUCAAGGAUGGUCCAUAGUUUUGAAGCGAGGGAAAACAGUUUUGAAUCGGCUCAUAUAGAAAAAAAUGGUAAAAUAAAUAAAAAAAAUUAAGAACGAUCAACAACAAUUAAUGUAUACCUACCCAUUUCCUUUAUUCUAUCUUUCUAUUUUCCAACUAAAUACGAUAAAGAUGGUAAAAAGAGAUACCAAACAUGGAAGGUAAAAAAUAUAACAUAAAUAAUUACAUAUGUAUAUGUAUAUAUGAAAAAAUACCAUCGAAGGACUAAAUCUUUCACAAGAUUAAAGAAUCCUGAUAAAUGAUCCUUUUUGUUCUAAAAUUUAAUCAUAAUUAAAACCAGACGGUCCAGACCACUAUGAUUCUGUCAUCUCUCAUCAAUGGCAUGACCUUAAAUCUAGCAAAAUUGCAAAAAAAAUAGAGAUCAAAGGAACCCUGUUCUACUUACGAGUACUUUGGUAAAAAAUAUAUCUCUGUAGGUGUAGCUGCACUAACUCAACUAGGGUUAGAAUGAGCAAGUGAUUUAUUUAGUGGCCAAUUAGAAGAAUCUUAGUAUCUUACCAACUGGGUUGGGUACUUGGGCCACCAAGGAUUUGCCAGUAGCCCAGUAACAUUGGCCCAUAUUUCAUUAUCAAAACAACAUACUUGAAAACCACUGGCCAGUGAUCAAAAUAACUGGAACAGUGAUAAACAUUGCAGCAGUGUAUCCCCAUGGGCAAUAUUGGCCUGUAUAUCAGUAUUGCGAAAAGAAAAAACAAUUUAUGAAUGUGUGAUAAAUAUUACUGUUAAUGACAUUAGAAAUUACCAUUCCAUUCAUACAAUAAUUGAUAAAAUUGGAUUAUUUAAUUCUUUUGAGAUAACUACUGAUCAUUUUCAAUAAGAUGUUAUAGCAUUUAUAGCACUUCGACUCAAAAUGUUACAAACUAGGGAUUCAAUGGUAGGGAAUAAUUUAAGAGGCAAAUAAUAGUUUUUAUUGACUCUCAAAUAGCUUGAAGAAGUUUAUUGAGUUCCUCUUUUAGGUAACUUUUUGUUAUCAGUACUUGUUUAUAAAUGGACACCAAACCCCCUUAUAUAGAUAGGCUUUAAAAAUACUUCCCAAACUACGAUUGAGGGGACUAAAUAACCAGUAAAUAAUUUAGCGAAAAUAUUGAACUGCAAAACUAUUCCCAAUAUGCAAACUGAGUGACUGAAUAACUAAAAACUAAAAAAGGUAAACUGAUAAAUAGUUUAAUGCAAUGUCACUAAUGCCACAAACACAUAUCAUCACACCCAUCAAUGACAUCAAAGUUGCCCUCAAGCUUGAAAACAAGAACAUGAUUGUAGUGGCACCUACCUUGUAUGCCUCAAAGUGUUUGGCAUAUUGUUACCACAAUCAGCAAAAGAAAAAGCUAUAAACAUUCGCAUAACUCUGCCACAAAAAAGGCAGAUGUAGAUUCAUGUGGAAUGUCUGAUAGAAGGUAGGUGUGUUUGGCUACAGCUAUCAAUACAAAACGAGACAGUGGAUGUUGUAACGGGGUAAACCGUUGCCCAGAUAAUUUUUCAUUUUCAUUUUCAUUUACCCUAGUGCCGCAAAGGACCUACGGUGGGGUAAGGGGGUCGGAUGUACGCAGUCUUACCCUUAUACUAAAGCACAAAGAGACUGUUUCCGGAUGACCCAUAGUGAAAAUCCCGUCCAAAAUUGCAUGGAUUGACUGCUGCUUCAUAACAAAGAAGCGCAUACAGUUUAGUGAGCCAUUUUGCUUUAUUCCAUCAUAAUCUCAAGCCAAAAAAAUAAUGAAUCUUUGGCUCCAUUGCAAAUGAUGGAAAUGUUGCCCAGAUAAUCAACGAUAAAAAUACCGUUGCCCAGAGCCAAAAGGCUAAAACAAAUUUUAUUCCAAGGUAAUAAGAAUGAACCCUGGCGAGGGGUAUAAAUAACCUUCUACAAGAAACCUUAAUCAAGCUCAAAUUAAUUAAUUAAACACUAAUUAAGCCCAAAUUAACUUAACUCACUACUCUACUAAUAAUAGGCCCAAACUAAAACAUAACAUUAACUUAAUAAUAAUAAUUAACUAUAAAGACAGCCCUAACCCGGCCCACGGAAGUGGGCCCAAGCCCGGUCCCGCCCCAUGCUCUUCCCGCUCUCUAUCAAUCCAUCCUCCAAAAUAACCUUGUCCUCAAGGUUGAAAUCUCACAGACGGGGAGCUGAAAUUCCCGGCCAUAGAAUAGACUGGAAAAUAUCCUUCCUCUCUUUCCUGAACCCUUUCCUGGCCGGUUAUUUCACAGUACUCAUGUUGAACUCAUGUUGUCGGAGGUCCAACUCUUCAUCCUCCUCGGCUAUCAUUACCCGCAGUUGCUUAAAGGGACAAUCAUGCCGCGGUGUAAAUGGUUUCUUACAUCUAAAGCAUAAUUCUUUUGCGCUCAAUUCUGCGAACUCCUUUGGCGGAAGACGAGUGAACUGAGAGCGUGUCGUAGGCUGCCCGGACAGCCUUGACUUCGUCCCCGGAGGCUGUCCACUAUCCUUCGGGAAGUGGCCACUUGAUCCCUGUAGGCUGCUGCCACCGGCAGUCAACGGAGGACUUGUGUUUGGAAUCGAAAAGCUGCUGGAACGUACCCCUGAAGGCUUAUAAUUCGGGCUGCCACUUCCUCCACUCUGGACGGACAGAUUGUACUCCACAUCGCGAGCUAAUUCCAUGGCCUCUUCCAAAUUAUUCGGUCGAAAUAAGCGCAACGAGUUUCGAAUUGCUUCCUCAGGUCCACUCAUGUAGUAGCCCAAAUAAUGAGCAUCAGUCAAUCCAGGAACUUGGCUCGUCAGUUGAACAAACAAGGUAUUGUAUUCCUCUACUGAUCCAAUCUGCUUGACGCCGGAAAGCCUUUCGAAUUUGUUCCCUUGGAAUCGGGAAUCGAAUCUGGCCACCAGGACUUGCUUGAAUUCUUCCCAGGUCAUGCCCGGUUUGCAUGCUUUCAGCCAGGUUACCCAGUAGAGGGCCCCUCCUUCCAUGGCCACCACAGCGGCGGCCACCUUUUUGUCUGGUAGGGUUCCGUUUAAUUCAAAUUGUCGUUCGACACGAGCUAUCCACCCGAUUGGGUCCUCUCUGUCAAACGUGGGUAGCAAGGUGUGGCUGGUGAUGCGCGUCAGGUUGUCGGCGAUGGGUGCUGUCACGGCAGCACUUAUGACUGCAGCAGUGGAAAUUUCCGGCGAGAUCGGCGGCACAAGGGCCUGGGUUAGCGCCGCCAGAGAGGCGGCGAUUUCAGCCAGCCGCAUGCCGUGUUCUUCGAGGGUGUGAUUCAUCCGAUUCUGCUCAACCGCCAUUCGGGCUUGCUCCUCUCCCAGUCGGUGUUGCUCGGUCUCUAACUCGGUCAAUCGGUCGUUUUGAGAUCUUGUCAUCCUGGCGGGACGGGAUCCGACAGGUCGGACCAAUUGUUGUGUAACAGAAAAAUAAAAUCAACGGGGUAAACCGUUGCAAAGAUAAUCAACGAUAAAAAUACAGUUGCCCAGAGCCAAAAGGCUAAAACAAAUUUUAUUCCAAGGUAAUAAAAAUGAACCCUGGCGAGGGGUAUAAAUAGCCUUCUACAAGAAACCUUAAUCAAGCCCAAAUUAAUUAAACCCUAAUUAAGCCCAAAUUAACUUAACUCACUACUCUACUAAUAAUAGGCCCAAACUAAAACAUAACAUUAACUUAAUAAUAAUUAACUAUAAAGACAGCCCUAACCCGGCCCACGGAAGUGGGCCCGACGGGCGCCCCAUGCUCUUCCCGCUCUCUAUCAGUGGAGGAGUUGACAGUGGUGGAUUUGCAGGUAACUGAGGUUGAGGAUUAGUAUUCGUGGUGAGUGCAUCAGAUGGCAUGGUGCUGUGUGGUUUUGAUGUGGGACAAGCUUGUGUGGGGCUCAUUAGAAAGGUGUGUUUGGAAGAACAAAUUGAAACUGAAGUCUAUUAUAUUUAGGGACUAUUGUCUGGACUCUGAUGAAAUUCGUUGAAACUGAAAUGCUAACUAAAAUAACGACUGCUAAAUGUAAAAUUACCAUAAAAAUAAUAAAUAUUUUAUAGGAAUAAGAUAAAAUUUCACUGAUGGGAUAGUAAAGUUGACAUAAGCUUACAGUAAACUAAAUGGUGAACUAAAACGCUAAAAUUAGUAACGAUUUAGAAUAGCUGAUUAAUUUUAGACCCAACCAACUUCAGCUUUUCAUCCAAACAAGGCUGCAUGUGUGUUAAUUGUCUAAAUUGAUCAAACUUAAACUCAUUUUAACCUGAAAUAUCGUGAAAACAUAGACAACGUUAUUCUAAUAACUUUUAAGUCUUGUUGUUCCUUUUAUAUCUCUUGAGCGCGUGUUGGUCAUCGUAGGAGCUUAAAAUAAUCCAUGAUGUCAACAAUGCAACCACAAUUUUAGGAAGGGGAAAGAUUUAGAGUAAUUUGAGAUCAUCAUAUCCCGAAAUUAUUUUUCUCAAUGAAAGUUUAUUGUUUGAGAUCAAAUUUUCUUAUACAAUAUAUAGGCGCCAUUUACAAGGCUUUAAAAACAAACUAGAUAACUAAAUAACCAAGAACCGAUCUAGGUAAACUUAAUAGAUUGCCUCUUCUUAACUACAAACUGUGUAACUAACUGACCAAUGACUACAUAGAGCAAACUUAUUAUGAGCUUAACUAUUAUGUCGCUAAUUAAUAGUUUUGCCUUGCAGCAACUGACACAUACCAAUGCCUGCUACGAUAAUAUGUAAUAUUUUCUCCACAAAAGAACUCUGGAUUUUUUACACUAUUACUGAUAUUUAGAGUAUUUACUGUUUUAGUUAAAGUCGGUAAAAUUACACUGUUGUAUAGAGACGUUCACAAGGAUCUGCAUCAUCAUGGAUAUGUAUGAGGAUUGUACUACAAGUGUCCGUACUAGUGUAGGGAGGACCGAAGAGUUCCCUAUUACUAUCGAAGUGCACCAAGGAUCGGCUCUAAGCCCUUUCUUAUUUGACAUAGUCAUGGAUGAACUUACGAAGUCAAUUCAAGACGAUAUACCAUGGUGCAUGAUGUUUGCUGACGAUAUUGUAUUGAUUGAUGAGACGCAAUCAAGUCUUAAAACAAAGUUGAAAGUAUGGCGACAAACAUUGGAGAACAUGGGUUUCAGGCUAAGUCGGAGCAAGAUAGAGUACAUGGAGUGCAAGUUUGGUGGAGGUAGAAGCGGUGGUAAUAGCGGAAUGAAUUACUCCAGAUGGUAAGAAGAUACCGGUCAGCGAUAUGUUCCGUUACUUAAUCUCCAUAAUUCAGAAGGAUGGUGAGUUAGAUGGAGAUGUAUCCCAUAAAAUCAGAACAGGGUGGAUGAAGUGGAAGAGUGCGUCAGGAUUUCUAUGUGAUCGAGGUAUGCCGACUAGACUGAAGGGUAAAUUUUAUAGGACAACAAUUAGGCCUGCAUUACUGUAUCGCGUAGAGUGUUGGGCGCUGAAACAAUGCCACAUUUAAAAGAUGAGUGUGACAUAGAUGCGCAUGCUGCGUUGGAUGUGUGGGCAUACUAGGAAGGACCGCGUGAGGAAUGAGACAAUCAGACAAAGGGUGGAAGUAGCACCUAUUGAAGACAAGAUGCGGGAGUCGCGCCUACGAUGGUUUGGUCAUGUGCGUAGAAGACCGAGUGAUGCACCUGUCAGACGAGUUGAGAUGUGUAGAGAAGAGGCAGGGAAGAGAGGGAGAGGGAAGCUCAAACAGACAAGGGUUAGGAGAGUCCAAAGUGAUAUGCUUCUUCUUGGGUUGGAUGAGGGUAUGGCUUUGGAGAGAGCAAAGUGGAGGGCGGGUAUUCGUGUGGAGGAGUGAUCUCGUAUCAUCUUUUCCCCUCAUCAUUUUUUUCUUUGUUUUUUUAUCCUUAUAUAUAUAAACAUUAUUUAUAUCCUUUUUAUUUUAUCAUUUUUAUGUAUAUUCAUCUCUUUUUAUAUUAUCUUUUUAUAUUAGCUUAUCUUUUUUAUCUUUAUUUUCUUUCUUUUCCUUUUGGUGGUGAUAUCAUGUAUCGAUUCAUGUUAGCUGACCUCAAUAUCUUUUGAGACUAAGGCUUGGAUGUUGUUGUAGUUAAAGUCGGUAAAAUUAUGAAAUUAGAUAUUCCGUUGAGGAGAUUGUCGUAAAUGCUCUAAUGCCUCCAAACUCAAUAAUACAAAACUGUAAAACUAGGUAAAAGCUAUGUUGUUAAAUGGCAAUGGUAGUGAACAUAAGGAGUAUCAUUUUAUAUGUUGAAUAAACUCAAUUUCUUUGUUUUCAGGACAAAGAAAGAUACAUUGUGUGAAGAGAAGGACAUUGGACAUGAACCAAAUCCCCUUUGUACAUCAAUAUGUGAUUAAAGAAAGGAAAAGAAAGGGAAUUAAGAGGGAUCCUUCCCUUGUCAUUUUGACAAGAGACCGCUCCCAAGACUUGAAGCCAUGACCUCUAGGUCUCACAACAACAUCAUAACCGGUGCGCCACGGCUUUCCUUCCUGGAUGUGAUUACAUUUAAGAAAAAACGUGAGUGCAAACUAAAGUAUGCCCUAGCCCACAGCGUAGAAAGUGAAAAUGUAGCUAUGGAAAUUAGAACAUGAGUAUCAAUGUUGGGAUCCUACCUUUAAUGAGUCUUUCAUUCUUGAAAUGUCACCUUUGGAAAAGAAAUGCAUUUCCAACUUUGUCCCGCUCUUAAGUUAUCCUUUGUCGGUGAAUAAACAUUGUUUGCUUUUAUUGUACACGCCUUUUGUUUUAGAUAAGUUUGUUUUAAAUGUGUUUUCUUCAUGGAAGUGAAGAAAACAGCUAUUUGGUAGACUAUAUUGUACUUCUUAGUUAACAAUCUAUCUCAUCAUUAAAUCAGAACUAUCUCUUUUUUGUGAGUAGAUGCUAACUAAGAGUAGUAAAAAAUGAUAGUCCCUCUAUCAUUUUCCAUCUAUUAUAGAAGGCAAUAUUUCAUUAGUAACUUACCCAUCUCCUAGAAUGUUCUGUUUUUACUACCUAUAUUUAUGUCAUUGCCUGCACAUAGACUUCUGAGAACAAUCCAUUUGAAUUCUAUUGACCUUAGGUGUCUCUUAGUGGUUUAGUAGAAUAUAACACUACAAAAUAAUAACCAUCUAUGGCAGAGUGAACUCCAAGUGGCCUUCUAAUAUACUCCCAUAGCAUUGAACCUAAGGUGGGAACCUUUGCAUCACUGAGGUAAUGAUGAUGAAUGGAUGAAUGAAGAGCCUCGAAUCUAAGAACCCAGGCAUAUAUCCAUCCUAUUGCCUAAAGUUUGAAUAAGUUAUGGUCUUAAAACUGCAAUGGAAGGCGAAUUGAUAACUUUGGUAAUGCUCAGUGUUCUAAAAAACAUAGGCAGUCCCAAGAGGGUAAAGUAGGGUCUAGCGCUUAUGCUAGACUAGACGGGACCAAAGGAGCCUAGGUUGGACCCAAAUCCAGAAAAAAAAAAUCAUAGGCAAUCGGGGGAGGACUAGCACCUAGGCGGAGCUUGACAGUGAUUCUUAGAAAACAGGAUACAAGAUACAAGAUACUUUUUAGGAAAAAUUGAGAUCCCACCUUUCUCAAAAAAGUGCUGUAUAAUCUGAAAAUGAUAGUUUUACACACAACAUAAUCUUAAAAUAAUUUGACCUUAACACACAAUAUCUGCUUUGGCUGCUCCCUUGUCGGGGUAUACUUCGUUUUCGUUUUUUCUUUCCUUUUAGUUGAAGCCCAGUUAUCAACCGACAACCUUCUCAGCUCAGGUAAGUAUUCCCAAAUAUCAAGAUGGUGUGGACCGCUACUAUCAUCACCCAAACCGCCAUAAGACCUCCAAAUGCUGGGCCAGAAACGUUCGCCAUAGGCGCCACGAUCUCGGCUCCUACCCUAUUAGUGUAUUACUAGCCCGUGAACCUGAUGCCGUAGUUUGAGAUCCUCCCACCAAGACGAAGAGCUUGCAUAUCCUGAUAUCCUUGGCGGAGCGGAGCGCCUUCUCUGGGACCUGUAGGAAGAUGGUGCAUCACGUCAAGCUUUUUGCAUCGGUUUCGUUUUGUUAAUCUACUUGAGGCUUUUGGGGGGAAAAAUUAGGACGAAUUUUUUAUCUUGAAAAUCAAAACGUUUUUCUAAAAUGGAG